UUGCUCACGCCCGGCGCCAGGCGCACCAAGCUUUGCGGGGUGUGGAGCUGUCAGAGAGGGUCUGGUGGGUCCAGUGGCGGCGGCCCCGGGGAGGGAGGGAGGGAAGGGAGGGGCGCGGUGCACAGCGGCCUUCCGCGGCCUCGGCACCGGGGUAGGCCGCUGCGCACGGGCUGCGGGGCGGGCCAGCGGCGCGGGGCUAACGGGGACCGCGAGUCCCGCACUAGCUGGAGCCGACUCGGCGCCCGAGGGAUCGGCGGGAAAUGGCGGACGAGGCGUUGUUUUUGCUUCUCCACAACGAGAUGGUGUCCGGAGUCUACAAGUCCGCCGAGCAGGGGGAAGUGGAAAAUGGACGAUGUAUUACUAAGCUGGAAAACAUGGGGUUUCGAGUGGGACAAGGAUUGAUAGAAAGGUUUACGAAAGAUACUGCAAGGUUCAAGGAUGAAUUAGACAUCAUGAAGUUCAUAUGUAAAGAUUUUUGGACUACAGUAUUCAAGAAACAAAUUGACAAUCUAAGGACAAAUCACCAGGGCAUAUAUGUACUUCAGGACAACAAAUUUCGACUACUUACUCAGCUGUCUGCAGGAAAACAGUAUUUAGAACAUGCAUCAAAGUAUCUAGCAUUUACAUGUGGCUUAAUCAGAGGUGGCUUGUCAAACUUGGGAAUAAAAAGUAUUGUAACAGCUGAAGUAUCUUCAAUGCCUGCCUGCAAAUUUCAGGUGAUGAUCCAGAAGCUGUAGAGCGCAGUGAAGCACAGAGAGACUCUCCUGAACAAAGUGUUGCAAGUCCUGAUUUCACCUCAUCGUUGGCUGGCUGUGCUGGAGCAGCGUGUUAGCUCACCAGAUUCCUGUAGACCAAAUCCCAGGAGAUAAAAGGUCCUUCCACCAUGACACAGACUAACCGAGCUGUUCCAAGUGAUUGCAGUGAACUAGGCACCAGGAUGUAAAGCUCAUUAUUUUAAACAUCCUUAUUUCCUUAGUGUGAUAUGUAUUUAACCAUAGAUUGGAAAGUGAAACUCAGGGUGUGUUGAAUUUCUGUAUAGAAAAAUAUGCACCAAUCAGAAUAGUUUGUGUUCAAAUGACCAAAAUUUGUUAAGGUAUAAAUCUGUUUUAGUUAUUUAAAAAAACAAACCACUAUGCUAAAUUAAGCUUAAGUUUUAUUGUAUUGUUUAUAAUUUAUUUCUGUUAAGAGAAUUUGUAUGCUUAUAUAAGGAUUUCAUUUAUACAUUGUGUGUAUAUAUGUACAUAUAAAUACAUGUUACUGUCUAAAUUGCUUGAAAAUUUAAUUUUAUUUUAAUAGAUUUCAGUCCUUGAGACCUCCGUCGAUUAAUCAAAGUGAAAUGUAGGUUAGUUGAUAACUAGUGCCAGAGAAUAUUAGACUGGGAAGUAAUUUUUAUACUUACUCCUGAUCCCACCUUAUCCUUUUAAAAAUAUUUCAUUUUAGUUUUGUGUGUAUCAAUUUUCCUGUCAGUUCUGUUGGUGAAACUUAGGUUGAUUCCAUAACUUAGUGCUGGUAAGUAGUGCUACAGUAAACACCUAUGCGCAAGGAUCUCUGAUUUGUUCAUUUGGAGUCUUUCAGGUAAAUGGCUGAGUGCUAUAAUUGGACCACAUAGUAGGUCUUUUUUGAGGAGCCUCCAUACUGAUUUCUGUACUGGCUGGAGAAGUUUCAGUUCUCAGCACCACCAUUUUGUUCACAGCCUGACCAGAAUUUGUUGUCUUGUUAAAACCAGUGCCAUGCUGCCUGCUGAGACGGGAUCUCAAGUUUGCAGUUCUCUCCUGACUAGUGGUGUUGAGCACUUUUUAUUAUAUUUAUUGGUCAUUUGAACCAUCUUUUUGAGAACCGUAUACUCAUUUCAUUAGUCAAUAUGUAUUUUGUUAAUUGUAGCCAAAAAGAAACUUCUUUCAGUAGAAACAAGGGGAAAGUUAAGUUAUUUAAGAGAUUAUAAGGAAAAUUGAAUAUGCUUUUUUCUUGAGGUUAUAGCAGACUUAAAAGGUUUAUAUAUAAAAAUAGUCAUAAAGUACUACAGAAAAUAAGAGGUUACUUUUAUGAUCUGGUAAAUGCCUUUCCAAAUAAAAGUAGAAAUAUGGUUAAGGAAAAUAGAAAAAAAAAAACAACCCAAAAACCAAAAAAACCUAAAUGUCUAUAUUAGUUAGGUUUCCAUUGCUGUGACUAAAAACUGUGACCAAGAACAGCUUGGGCAGGAAAGAGUUUAUUUGGCUUCCUUAUCUCGAGCCACAAUCCAUUGAGAGAAGCCAAGGCAGGAACCUGGAGGCAGGGACUGAAACAGGAGUCAUGGAGGCAUGGUGCUUACUGGCUCGCUCCACCUGCUUUCAUAUACAAUCCAGGACCAAGGGUGGCACUGCCCACAGUGGACUGGACCUUUCCAUAUUAGUCAUUAAUCAAGAAAACACCCCACAGAUUUGCUUUCAAGCCAAUUUUUUCUCAACUGACGUUUGCUCUUCCUAGAUGACUCUAGCUUAUGCCAAAUUCACAAAAAAACCCAACAAGCACAUCUCUUCUACAAAUGCUGGGAAAGUUAUAUCCUUGUGCAAAAGAGUGAAACUGGAUCACUAUACUAAUACUACAUACAGUGAUCAACUAGGGUAGAUCAAAGACCUAAAUAUAAAAAGUUAAAAAUUG